AUGGGAGCUUCUGGGCUUACGAUCGUGAUCAAAUUGGGGACGAGCUCUAUUGUGGACGAGAAAUCACAUGAGCCAAUUCUGUCCAUCUUGACGUUGAUCGUGGAGACUGUUGCUAAAUUGCGCAAAGAUGGUCACCGUGUCGUAUUGGUCUCGUCGGGGGCCGUUGGCGUCGGCUUACGAAGGAUGGACUGGGAUAAGCGGCCGACGCAUUUGCCCCGUAUACAGGCUCUUGCUGCUGUGGGUCAAUGUCGGCUGAUGAGUCUUUGGGACAACUUGUUUUCACAUCUACGAGUGCCAGUGGCUCAGAUUCUUUUGACGAGAAAUGACAUUGCCGAUAGAACCCAAUAUAUCAGCGCCCAAAAUACCUUUGAGCAAUUAUUUGAAAUGGGUGUUGUUCCCAUUGUUAAUGAAAAUGAUACCCUUGCUGUUUCUGAAAUUAAAUUCGGCGAUAACGAUACCCUUUCAGCGAUCGCUGCGGCCACCGUCAAAGCUGAUUAUUUAUUCUUGAUGACCGACGUGGACUGUCUGUACACAGCCAACCCUCGAACGAACCCGGACGCCAAGCCGAUCGAAGUGGUGUCUGACAUCUCCAGCUUGGAAGCUGAUGUCUCUUCUGCCGGCUCAGCGCUGGGUACUGGUGGUAUGAGCACCAAGAUUGUUGCCGCAAAGCUGGGGACCAGCGCCGGCGUGACGACAAUCAUCACCAAAAGCUCAAAACCUGGAAAUGUCCACGAGAUUGUCAAAUAUCUCCAAGCCCUCCAAGAGACCAAGGGUCAACUGCCACCGGAUCAACCAUCGCCACCCCUCCACACUCGAUUCCUUCCAUCCGACAAACCAAUCCAAUCAGUGACUUUCUGGCUCUUGCAUGGCUUGACUCCCCACGGCACUUUAUACAUUGACCAAGGCGCGUACGAUGCGAUCUGCAAUCACAAGGCUAGCCUGCUCCCUGCCGGCGUCGUUGGUGUGGAAGGGCAUUUUGCGAAGCAAGAAGCAGUCCGGCUGGUCGUUGCGGAGAAGCUGCCUCCAGAUGCCCUGAAUGGAGACUUCAAUCACCAUGCUCAGGAGCCUCGGGAAGUAGGUCGUGCGUUAGUGAACUACGGCUCUAUGGAGAUUGCAUUGAUCAAAGGCCACCGCAGCACACAUAUCGAGUCCUUGCUAGGUUGGUCUGAUAGUGAAUAUGUUGCGUUGCGAGAGAAUAUUUCCUUCCAUCCGCAGGAGAGUCGUCCUGCCACACCAUCGCUGGUUCCUGCGUUGGAAGAAUGGAAGUCCCCCAGAACAUCCAGCCAUGGCCGCACUUGA